CACACGGCCACACCCAACAACUCCUCCCCACCACUCCCUCCGUCCGUCGCACCCGCAAAACGCCGCCGGCGAGCUCUCGGCGAUGACCACCGCGCGAUUGGUAUCCACCUCCCCCGGCGCACUGUAUUACUCUCCGGCCUACCCGGCCUCCAAAUCCUUGGGGAGGGCAAGCGGUAGGGUCGCCUUCCCUGCUCGGCCGUAUGGUGCCCUGCUCCAUCUGAGCUCGCCUGUCAUGGCCUCCGCCGGCGCCGGAGGCAACGGCUCUCCGAACGCGCAAGGGGGCUUUACAGGGCCGUCUAGGAUUGGAGAGGUCAAGAGAGUAACUAAGGAGACAAAUGUGCAUGUGAAAAUAAACCUUGAUGGCACUGGCGUUGCUGAAUGCAGCACAGGGAUACCCUUCUUGGAUCACAUGCUCGACCAACUGGCAUCACAUGGACUCUUUGAUGUGUACGUUAAGGCAACAGGUGACACACACAUUGAUGAUCAUCACUCAAACGAGGACAUUGCUCUGGCAAUUGGAACGGCACUGCUUCAAUCACUUGGUGAUCGAAAAGGGAUUAAUCGAUUUGGGCAUUUUACUGCACCACUCGAUGAGGCGGCAGUUGAAGUUAUACUGGAUCUGUCUGGUCGUCCUCAUUUAAGCUGUGGCUUGGAUAUUCCUACUCAGAGAGUUGGUACAUAUGAUACACAGCUGGUUGAGCACUUUUUCCAGUCUUUGGUGAAUACAUCUGGGAUGACUCUUCACAUCCGUCAGCUUGCUGGGGAAAACUCGCACCAUAUUAUCGAGGCAUGUUUCAAAGCAUUUGCUAGGGCCCUUCGACAAGCAACAGAAUAUGACUCGCGCCGUCAUGGCACUGUCCCCAGCUCCAAAGGUGUUUUAUCAAGAUCAUAGCACUACAGGUUCAAACGAUUGCUUGUCAGCUUUUAGCUCGCAGCGAUCAGAGGAAACAAAUAGAGCGGGCAGCUAUACACAGCUUGGUUUGUUCUGCCUUACAUCGGGAGUCCGCAUUACCUUCGACAACAAGUUAUGGCAUCCUUGCUAAUGGGAUUGUCAAAAAUCAGAUGUACCACCACUCGGUAUUGGGCUUAUUUACAACGGCGGGUAUAAUGUAUCUGCUCGCUACUGCAAUUUUCUCUGCUCUCUGGAGCUACGAGAUUAUCUGAACAUUGGAAAGGAGUGGACAAUAAGCUGUGACUCUGAAAGCAACUCCAAUCAGGAUUCAGGAAUAAUGGUGUGCCUUGUGUAAACUUGGCAACAUGGGCUGAUUUAAGCCGCAUAUGUAAUGAUGGUCCGCGUUCAAGGGAAUAAAAAAUUUUGGUUUCUGUGCGUCUA